UCUCUAUUUUUUCAUAAGUACACACACCCAUCAUCUUUAAACACAUCUCUCACCGGAGUUCAAAGUCCAGACUAUAUAUUUCCAAACAAUAUUUCUCCUGCUCACAUGCACACACAGCAUCUCAAUAUCAGUGUCAGAUGUUUGAUUUGGAGACCAAAGGGUCGGAUCUACACCUCAUCUAUUCACUUCAUCUUAUCACUGCUCAGUAUUAAUAAUGGAAAGCAAACAUUCGGUGCGGAAGUGGCAGACAGACUUUAUAAUAACUAUUGAAAACAGAGGAUCGAUACAGAAACUCGGUUGAAGACCUGCAUUGUGUCAUGAUCUGAAUAAAGGACGUCCAUUCUCUCUCUCUCCCAGUGUGAAACAUGCAAACAAGCAUGCAGCAGUGUGAUUUUAAUCUGUGUCUAUCCAUCUACAUCAUCACCUUCAUCACUGGUUUCCCAGCCAACAUUUUGGCCUUCUACACGUUCGGCCGUAAGGUGUGGAGGAAGCCGACCCCCAUCGACAUCCUCCUCCUCAACCUCACGAUCUCAGACCUGCUCUUCCUCAUCGUCUUGCCCUUUAGGAUGCAGGAGGUGGUGGAUAACAUGAUCUGGAACAUGCCUUACUUUCUAUGUCCGAUGUCGGGCUUUAUCUUCUACAUGACCAUCUAUAACAGCACCUUCUUCUUGACCGCCGUGAGCGUUGAGCGUUACCUCGGCGUGGCUUUCCCCAUCCAGCACUCGAUGAGAAGAAGACCCCUCUACGCCGUGUUUGCCAGUAUCUUCAUAUGGUUGUUUUCGGUGCUCCACCUAAGCAUCGUCUACAUCAUGCCCUACUACAACCCACCCGGGAUGGAGUCGGCUCCCAGGAACAUCUGUUACGAGGGAUUCACGGACGCUCAGCUGCAGAUCCUCCUGCCCGUACGCCUGGAGCUGUGUGUGGUUCUCUUUUGCAUUCCCUUCAUCAUCUGCAGCUUCUGCUACGUAAACUUCAUUCGCAUCCUCUCGCGGCUGCCCAACAUCGGGCGGCGUAGAAAGUUGCGGGCCAUCGGUUUGGCUUUGGGUACGCUGUUGGUGUUCGCUCUCUGUUUUGGACCCUACAACGUCUCUCACAUCGUCGGCUUUGUAACAAAUUCGAGCCCGGGCUGGAGAGACAAAGCUCUGCUGUUUAGCACAUUUAACGCCUGUUUGGACCCGCUUAUCUUUUACUUCACGUCUGCGGCCGUGCGUAAAGCGCUGGGAAGCGUCUGGAAGAGAUGCUGGUGUCCGCACGUCCACUGGGGUUCUAAGAAGCAACCUAUCGAAACUGAAAAAAGCAACCUGCCGAAACCUCAGGAGGUCAACGCCAUAUGACAACCGACUGUUUGUAUUUUUGCAUUUUAUCACCAUCCAAUAAAAAAUGUUAUACUUCCUGGAAAGACGUGCGAGCAGGAACUGCUCCACGUGGAGAGUGUUAUCUUAUGAGAAGAAAAACACUGCGGCGAAACUCGUGUGUACAUAAAGAGACUGAAUUGUGUGUCUGCAAACAGGGAAUAAACUUCCCUUUAUUAGGUUUUGUGCGGAGUGUUUAUACAGCGAGAAUUAAAACCACAGUCAGAGCUCAUUGCAGACAGAGACUAAAUAACAAACUUGUAGCCAUUACUCACUUACCUCAAUACAAACAGAAAGGAGAAUGAAGACAUUGAUUAUUGAGCGACAGCUUACAGAUGAAGGAGCCACAUUCAGCACGAGCACCAGCAUCAUUUAAAAGUGUCACAUUAAUAUUUCAAAGCUGUUCACAUCUGAGGAUUUUAAUGACUGGGAUCUGACAGUGAUGUCGAUUUGAGGACGUAUACGGAUAAUGCGUAUCUUUAAUGCAUUACAUGUCACUUUGGAUAAAAGCAUCUGCUUAAUAAAUGUGGCUAAUUAAAACUGUACUAAGACUGGCUAUCCUAUUUAUAAAUAUUCUAAAACAACAACAUGAGCUAACCAAUAGUAUGCAUUCAUGACGGGACUGUAUUUAUAGCCGCUUUCGGACUGCUUAGUUCCAGUACUAAUUUACAAAACAAGUAAUGAGGCGAUCACAUGAGAACUAAAGUAGGCUACUCCAUAGCAUCUUCCUGAUUGCAUUCGCACCACCAGUUGGGAGUUUUGGCUACACCGUAAACCCGAACAGUACAAUGUAGUCAUUUAAAAUGAGUGAAAACCAGUGAAAAAAAGUUUAUUCAACUUAAAAGUUUUAUGUGUGUUCAACCAUGGCCGGAGCGAGGGGGUGGCUUCUGGGGCUCAAGCCCCAAAUCUUUUCAGAUCUGUAAAAUGAAUUCAUCCAGUACGCUAGGUGGCAGCAUUCAGGUUUAACUCUCCAGUCCUCCACUCCAGCGAAAACGAAUGAGAGAUGCGAGUUAAAGGCAAAUGAAUAUGCUGAAUCUCCCCACAGUAAACGCUUUACUAUCUUUAUUAUUUCAGUGCCUUCGUUAUUACUGAGGGUGUAUAUUAAUAGUUAUGUGAUGUAAAUACUGUAAAAAAGCGUCAACUGAAAUUUAUCUGCAUGUCUAAUGUCUACUGUUAGCGCUCUGAUCUAGUCUUUCCACACUGUCGGUGGUAACGUUAUAUUUAAAGUACAUUUAAUCACAGAGAGAGAGAGCUUCCAUAAGCAGGCGAGAAAUUUUUCUGCUGGUGAAGUCAAAAUUGUUAUUCUUUUUUAUUGUAGCUUCAUAGUUACUGGAUUACCCUACAGCAAACAUAUUUUGCCUAUUUUUGUUAAAGUAUCAUUGUCCACAUUUUUUAUGUUACAGUUUCAAAAUGACAAUACAAAGAACCUUGCUGUGUUCUUUGUAUUGUCAUUUUGAAACUGUACAUAACUAAUUUUGGCAAUGACACUUUAACUUCUCUUAUCCAAAAAUAGGAUAAGAUAGGAUUAAAAAAAUUUACUUUUUAAAGCUGCUGUAAAUAAAGAAAAAAUAUUAGUAGGGGUCCAUGAAACUCCUAGAUUUGGGCUAAGCCCCAAUGUCUACAAUGUCUGGCUCAGUGUUCAACGAUUUUACUGCUUUGAGUUCCACAAAGUCAAAGAGCUUAGCUAUCUCAACAAUUUUAUUUAUAACUUACAAACUGAGUCAUUUCAAUACCACAGCCUCAUUUUAACAAACACUGCAAAGUUACUUUUAAAAGUAAAACCAAAAACUUAACUAAUUGCGUUACUUAUUUACUUUUCAUGGAAAGUAAUACCUACGUUACUUUUAAGUUACUUUUGCGUUACUUUUUCUUACUUGGCUGAGGCUUGAUCUCAAGCUCUGGCGUGCUAUCUCUGUUUCUGACUCAAACUGUUCCCGCUCAGGUGGGCACGCAUAGAGUGACUACGUUCAGUGUAAUUCAGUACAUACUUUUUUUUAAUCAAAUUAAUUAAACUGAAAAGUACCGAGCCUCUAAGGUGAUAUUGAAGUAAAAAAAUCUAAAGUUUAGUUGCGCGUGCUCACGUAAAACUUUCGCGUGCGCACGUGAUACUAUCGAGACUAUAGUUUCACGUGAGCAUGCAAAACUAAGCGCGGUAGUUUCACGUGCAAACAGGAUAGUUUCACGUGUGGAAGUGAUAGUUUCACGUGAGCACGCGAUAGUUUCACGUGAGCACGCUAUAGUUUUACGUGAGCACGCUAUAGUUUUAUGUGAGCACGGGAUAGUUUUAUGUCCUUACGCGAAACCUUCAUGUGCAGAAUUUUUUUUCUUUUAGUUUCACAUGCUCACGUAAUGUUUUCGUGCCCGCACGUGAAACUAUCAUGUGCGCACGUAAAAGCGGAAGUUUCACGUGCGCACGCAAUAGUUUCAAUUGAGCAUGCGAAACUAAACGCGGUAGUUUCACGUGCGCAGGCGAUAGUUUCACGUGCACAUGCGAUAGUUUCAUGUGAGCACGCGAAAAAUAAACGCAGUAGUUUCACGUGAGCACGUGAUAGUUUCACGUGCGCAUGCAAAACUAAACUUAAUUUAAUUUUUGCUCCAUGUCCCCUUAGGGGCUUCGUAGAAAAGUAACUUUCAUUACUUUUUUUAAAAAGUAACUCAAAUAUUAAUGUGUACAUUUAAAAAGUAAUGCAUUACUUUACUCAUUAUUUCAAAAAAGUUAUAUUAAAACGUGAUGCACGUUACUUGUAAUGCGUUACCCCCAACACUGAUAAACACUACAAACUUUCGGUGGUUGUGAUGAGGUUUAUGGCAUUCAAUCUGUCGCGUAAGCGAAGAAAGAUUCUGACACUGCAAAUUUACUUCAGUUUAAGAUUGGUUGAGAAGGAUUUCCAGUUCGCAGCAUGCUUUGCAUGAGUCUGCAAUAUAAGAGCAUUUUUUUAGUAAAGUGAUAUUUUAUGUGGUUUUCAGUAAAGAGGAAGACUCAAUAGUGUUAAACAUUUAUUAAUGUUGGAGAUUAAGAGUAGCUUGCUAUUUUUAGUUUUGUGGUUACCACUGUUCAGAAGUGUACUGUAGUGCCUGUGCUUAUAGGCGGUAGGUCGGAUAUGUGUGGUUUUAUCAUGUAUCAUGUAUCACAUACUUAUCAUUAACUGUGUGAAGUGAAUGCCAGCACUGAGUUCAGUCACGUCACACUUACGUGCACAUUAGCCUCUUUCACAGAGUAAUUAAAUUUAUCUGGUAAAUUAAUAUGAAUUUACCAGAAUGACUUUACCACUAAAUACAAAUACGUGCUGUUCAGACACACGCAAUGACGCCCUGUCUUUUACCAUUAAAUACCAGUGAACUUGGUAAAGAAGCAGAAGUUACCGCUAAACAGUGUUGUAUUUGUAAACAAUAGCGGUUAUGACUUCAUACCCACGGUCCGUAUUUUGUUGUUUCCACUUCUGUGCAGAGGUGGACACUAAUGAAGUGAAUUUUCUUGAGAACUGUAAUUAAGUACACUAUUUGAAGAAUCUGUACUUUAUUUUUUCUGACUACUUGUGACUUCAUUUGAAAGACAAGUAUCAUACUUUUAACUCCACUACAUUUAUAAAAAAGUCCCCAAAGUAGAAAGUCAUUUCUAGCCUACUUUAAAGACCAGCUAAAACCAGUUUAAGAUGGUUGGCUGGUUUUAGCUGGUCUCCCAGCCUGGAUUUAGCUAGUUAAGCAGACUGGUUUUAUAGGGCAGUGGUUCUCAAACUGGGGUGCAGGGGGGCCCCCAGUUUUAUGACAUUUUAUAAAAUACAUUAAUUUAUCAUGAAUUCUGUGUAAUUAAACCUAAAAAAAAAAUAAGGCUACUAACCAAUAGCACUACUUUGUAUAACUUAACAUGUUUUGUUUAAUUAAAAUGUUACAUUUUAGAACAGUUUUUGUCAUAAAUUUUCUUUGGGGGGCCGCAAAGGAAUGCACCAUACACAAGGCACGUGGAAAAAGUUUGAGAACCACUGUUAUAGGGGUUUUGGCCACUGGUCAAGGGGCUUCAUUUAUAAAAUGCUGCAUAGAAAACAUCCUUAAUUUUUUUUCAAUCAUUUCUCAAAGGCUUACGUGUGAUUCAUAAAACGAACAUGCACACAAAAAUGCAGGUGUAGAUCUGAAAAAAUCACAAACGAUCUUGAAAUUGUGCGCAGCUAAAUAGUUUUGAAUCUCUGAAUUUAAAUGAUGCCUAAUUAAUCUCAUUGACAAAUAAAAGCGCAUCUGUCAAUGUUUGAAUCCUUUUCAAGAAAUAAUAGCUUAUAUUUUCAAAAACCUGCAGCAAUCGGACAAGCAAAAGUGUGUACGUCUGCUCAGACCCUGACAUGGCGCUAAGCACUUUUUAACGUCAAAUUUUUAUAAAUAUUUUUAUAAAGACUUUGCCAUGGAUUUUUGCGUACGCACAUUUUACGAGCAAAUCUGUGUGGCCCAAACUGGUCCCAGCUGACCCAACAGCUUAACCGACUUUGCCAGCCUGAGAGUACCAGUUUAAACCAGUUUCUUAAACCAUCUAGGACCAGCCAAUCAGCUUAUUUUUCACAUUUUUUUCUGGCUUGCAAUCUGCCAGGACCUUUCAUUGUUACCAAGUGUUUUCGUUUUUUUUUUUAUCUGACCUCAUACACAGCGUCCGGGCCUAACCGAUCUCAAAUGCCAUAGGCAAAUAACAGAAAAAUCACACUAAUAUGUACUCGUAUCAUAAUGCCAAACUACCAAAAACACACAAUCCUAAUUAUUAUCCAUAACGAAGAUGACCAGACCAUGGAUUCAUGGACAGUGUUGGGGAAAGUUACUUUUAAAAGUAAUGCAUUACAAUAUUAAGUUACUCCCCAAAAAAGUAACUAAUUGUGUUACUUAGUUACUUUUCAUGGAAAGUAAUGCUUACAUACUUUUGCGUUACUUUUUCUUACUUGGCCGAGGCUUGAUCUCUUUCAGGCCUUGCAGGUGGCUUUUAGGACUGAGAAGUUCUGCAUUCAGAAAUUGCAUAUUUCCUUUGCAAAAAUGUUAAACUCCAGCCUGCCAUCUCCAUUUCUGACUGAAACUGUUCCCGCUCAGACGCGCAAGCAUAAAGUGUGUAAACCAUAACACGUUCAGUUUAAUGCAGUACAUUGUUUUUUACAUCGAAUUAAUUAAAGUAAAAAGUAACUUGCAUUAGUUGUUUAAAAAAGUAACUCAAAUAUUAAUGUGUAGAUUUAUAAAGUAAUGAGUUACUUUAUUCGUUACUUCAGAAAAGUAAUAUUAUUACCUAAUGCACGUUACUUGUAAUGCGUUACCCCAAACACUGUUCAUGGACAUGGAUUUUUCUACCCAGUCGCACAAGGUUUUGUGAUAUAGUAACGUAAUUUUUUAAUUCUUUUUUCGUGGUAUUAUCACAAAUUUUCGCGUUUUUGCGUGAUCAUAUAACGAAUUCCUGUUUUCGUGUGAUUAUCACGUAUUGGUUACUCAACUGCUUUUUCCUAUUUACAAACCAUUGUCGCUUCGGUUUAGUGUUAGAUUUGGAGCUUGCAUUACAAUGUCACUUUAUAUAUUGGUUUAUACCAUUUUUUUCUGAUUUAUUUUUUAUAUGUCGCCUGACGUUAGAGUUGGGUUUGGGUAAGGUUGUAAUUUUAUGUAAAUCUGACCCUAAACCGAAGCGACAAUGGUAAGAAAAUAGCACAAAACCGUUGAGUAACCAAUACGUGAUAAUUACACGAAAACAGGAAUUCGUUAAUAUUACUAUGAUAAUAUCACGAAAAAAUAAGCAAAAAGUUACGAAAUUUCGUGAGAAUGGGCUGGGAAUUUUCACGUAUUAUUAAUAUAUAUAUUGCUAUUGGUGAUUUUUCGAGCUUGGUGUUCAUUGUCAGUUUAUAACAUGUUCAUGUAAAUUAAUAAAUAAAUAGUGCUCAUAACCGGCUGUUUAUUUAAGAUCAUCUAUUGAAAUGAGUGGAUGCUUGGUACAGGAAACAGUAGUCCUUACGUUAUGACUUGGAAAAAAGAAAAGUCUAAUUCUAAUUCACAAAUUUAUUGUUUUUUCAGCAGGGAUGGUAUUUACAGUAAAACCACAUGGAUUACAAAUGUACAAUUUUCGGUCUAUAGUAACCAUACUCCAAUUAAACUAUUCUUAGUAAAACCACAGUAACCAAAAUUCAGUACAGUUCAAUAGGUUGCUUUAGAGGCAUAAGGUACUGUAUGCGACAAUAAAACACAUAAAGGAAAUUUACUUUUUACUCUUAAUACUUGAGUACUUUUAAAAGCAUGUACUUCUUUUACUUAAGUAAGAAUCUGUGUUUACAGCUUUCAUUUGUAGUGGAGCAAUAUUAGUAUCUGUACUUUUACUCAAGUAAGGAAGUUGUGUACCUCAGUCAAUCGCCACAUAACAGUCACGUCUGGGAGACGGUUUAUGUAGCAACAUUUUGUUGACCCUGGGACAGCAUUUCAAUCAACCAGAUUUCAGAAAUAAGUUCACAAUUUGUUUAAAGGGGACAUUUCACAAGACUUUUUUAAGAUGUCAAAUAAAUCUUUGGUGUCCCAGAGUACGUAUGCGAAGUUCUAGCUACCAUAUAGAUAAUUUAUCGUAACAUGUUUAAAUUAGCACGUUGUAGGUGUGAGCAAUUUUUUUUCUUUUUGGGUGUGUCCUUUUACAUGCAAAUGAGCUGAUCUCUGCACUACAUGGCAGUGCCGUGGUUGGAUAGUGGAGAUUAAGAGGCGGCAUUAUCCCCUUCUGACAUCACAAGGGGAGCCAAAUUUCAAUGACUUAUGCUUGCAGGGAAUGGUUUACCAUUACCGUUUAUCUAAGUUACUGGGUUGAUCUUUUUCACAUUUUCUAGGUUGAUAGAAGCACUGGGGACCUAAUUAUAGAACUUAAAGUCAGAUUUUCAUGAUAUGUCCCCUUUAAGGUUACAACCAGUAUUACUGCUUCUAGACCACUGUUUUCACUUAUCAUUUCCUUUUGAUUUUAAGGUUCAUUUAUGGUUAGGUUUGGGGUUUUAUUUACAAUAUAAAUAUGUAAUAUUUCAGGUAAAAUUAGGUCACUACGCGCAUACUUGUUGGAAAACAACGAUGAUGGAUGAUGUAAACUGUGGAGGAUAUAUCAAAAUUUCUUCUAUGUAUAAUGCUUGUACUUAAAGUGCACAUUUAUUUUAUGUUUGACACAUUUAUAUUCUAUUUAUUAAUUUUCCAGUUUUCUGUGUUUUACCUUUUCAUGUAAAAUUGCUUGAAACAAUGCAAUAAUAUAAAUAUGUGACCCUUCUUGUUAAAAUAAAAAAAAUAAAUAUAACAAAAAUAAAUGUGUAUUUUUUUUUGACUUACUGUUGUCUACAGAAAAAGCAUCCUAUAUAAUGUAAAAAAACAUUCUCUGUGAAAAUAUAACCUUGAUAUCUUUAACUCAUUCACCGCCAUUGACGAGUUUUCUCGUCAUUUAUGAGUUCAUAUUUAACUAAUAAAUUUGCCUUUCUGGACGAAUUUCAAAGUGAAAGUGUAAUACCGCUUUUAUCCACUUGAUGGCGCCAAACCGAAUUUAUCAAAAACGGAAGUUAAAAAGAUUUAAUGAUUUAUUUUAACUGCCUUUAUGUUUGAUAGUCAUUCUGAGUCUGAUCUCUAACAUAAAUUCCUUUACAAAAACGCAAUUUUUUAAGCUUUUUGCUCAAAAUGUUGUAUUUUUGAAGAGAAAUAUCCAUAUUUCAGUGGUUAAAGUAGAAAAAGUAAAUAUAUAAUGAAACGUUUUUCCCCAUUUUGUUUGUUUGUUUGUUUGUUUAUUGUUUGUUUGAAAGCAGAGGGUGUGUUCUUUAAUUUGAUAUAAUUUGUAUGUUUAUAUAUUUAUAGAAGAUAAUUUUUCCUGCAAGGAAUUUUGUGAAAAUUUUGUUAAAAUCACAAAAAUGCAGGUGGGCAACUUUUUUUCAAAAAGGCUGGCAGUGAAUGAGUUAAUAGUGUCUGAUAAGAUCAUGUCAACAAUUAUGAAAUCCAACUUUGAUGCUCCAAAUCCCAUCAUCCGAUUAUGAGACUUGAAGAUUCACAGACAGGGUUACAAAUACGUACAUUUGAAUUGAACCUAAACCAAUAAAAAUUAAAAAAUCCUGUCAUUAUUUUUAUGAUUUGGUGACACUAGAAAUGCUUCAUUUUUACAUAACUUGCAUAAUUUAUCUCAGCAUGUCCUUUAUGUGUUAUUAUUGUAUUGGGAUGUUCUUUAAAUAUAAGGUGCUGUUAUGUAAUAAAGGUUGAGAACAUCAUACUGUGGGUUUGUUAUGUUUGUCCUCUCUCUUCAUCCUGGGUUAUACAAUAAAACUUUGUUUAUAAUUUCCUUACCGUUCAUAAUAACAUUGAAGCGCUAAUCUCUCGUCUCUGUAAUAAACCUGACAAAUAUUUACAAAGGGUUAUUGUCUCUGACUGCUAAGGUGGAAAUGAAUGUACUGAAAGUACAGACAC